CACCUCGACUAAGACUGGACGCAUCAUCUCACGCUCCGGGAAUGGGAUCUUUACUGGGUUCAAAGAAAAACUUCGCGUUCUUUCGAGUUUACGCUUUGCAGAGGCUACUUUUCAAACUGCAGGGAUAGUUGAUAUAGUUGUCACUGCUGGUGCAGGGUGAUGAGCAACAGGAACCAGUGACUUCCAAGACGAACCAGAAGUUGUCAGGGAGUUUCGGACGGUUUAAAAAGUUAAACAACACGAGGUGUGUCGUCUGAGUUUGAAGUUGAGUAAUUUCAGACUAAAUUACCUUCAAACGACGCGUGCGUAAAGUUGGAGCUGUGGCGCACGGUUGUUUAAGUCGGGUAGUGAAUGCGGGAACGUGUAGAAAACCUCUGGGUUAAGUUUUAAAUCUGUGAGAAGUGACAAAACCUUGACACCAUGGCAAAAUGGUUUAGAGAUUUCCCUAUCAACUUGAAGAACGGAAAUGAAAGGGUUCGCUCGGCUUCUGAAUCUGGUCCACAACCACGACUCAAACCUUCGUUUUCUCGUGACAGCCUGAAAGGAAAUCAGCGCAAAGAUGGAGGAGUGGGGGGUUUAUUGGCAGGUAGAAAUAGAAAAAAUUCCGCAAUAGACUUGGGUCGUAAUAACGCUGGUUUUAGUGGGGCUGUAUGGGAUAGCCUCACACAAGGAAAAGGUCGCAAAAACUCCAAGGUUGAGAGUGGGGCACCAGAUGAGAACCGCCAGGUCAGGACUUCUAGUUUGGCACACGCGUACAUUAGCAGGAUGAUCAAAGUUGACAAACAAGACAAAACACCCAAACUCAAUGGAAUAAGUGAACAGAAGCAGCCCGAAGAAGAAAAGGGAAGGUCUGACAUUAAAACAACUCUGAUCAUCCUGGAGGACUAUGCAGAUCCUUUUGAUGCAGAGAAAACCAAGGAGCAGAGGGAGGCCGAGAGAGUAGGAGUGAAUGAUGGGUACAUGGAGCCCUAUGACGCCCAGGUCAUCAUCACAGAGGUUCGCAGACGCGGCUCCAAAGACCUCCUGAAAGUGUGUGUUCUGCUGGAUCGAGGGAAGGGAGAGGGGAAGGGAGAGGAGGGAAAGCCCUCGUCGCCAAACAACUACGACACACCGUAUGAGGGCGGGCUGGAGAGCGACGGUGGGGGGGUGUGGAUCCCUGUCACUCGGCCAGAGUCUGACGUCCGCCCCGCUGGAGAGUACGAACUGCCCUGGGAGUGGAGAAAGGAGGACAUUGUUAGAGCACUGUCAGCUCAGUUCGAGGCGGUAGACUGUUCUCCCACUAAAGAGGACGGUUCCCCCUCCGCCCGCCAGCAGCAACAAACCCUGAGGCAGAAAAACUGGAACCAUAAAAUACUCGUACCAUCUUCUUCAUCCUCCUCCUCUUCUCCCUCCUUUCCCUCCUCUCCUAUUCUCAAACUCUCCCCCCACACGCCCCCAUCUCCCUCCUUCCCCAACCUCAAAAUCUCACCCCUCUCCCCCUCUUCUAGUCUUAACAAACUUUCCCCUCCGUCCCCCACCUCCCCCACUGCCCCACUGGAUGGGGAGGCAGCCAAAGUGGACCCCAGCCUGCCCCUGGAGAAGCAGAGCUGGUACCAUGGCAGUGUCAGUCGGCAACAGGCUGAGGCUCAGCUGCAGCGCUGCAGGGAAGCCAGCUUCCUGGUGAGGGACAGCGAAUCAGGAACCAGCAAAUACUCCAUCGCUCUGAAGACCAGUCAGAGUUGUGUGCACAUCAUCGUGGCCCAGACGAAGAGUGCCAAGGGUUUGGGCUUCACACUGGAUCAGAGCAGCUGUGUCUUCUCUAGCAUCCCUGAGCUGGUCCACCGCUACUGCACACACAGACUGCCUUUCACUGGAGCAGAGCACAUGACCCUGCAGCAUCCCGUACCCCGGCCACACUGAACAUGCGUCAAGGAAAAGCAAACACACUGGGAUAUGAAUACACAUGCACAGACAAAAGCAGAGAUAUAUACACAGACUCACGUAAACUUGUUUAUACAUGAGUUCACACACUCAAAGAUAUGCUGCUUUGGAUCGUACUACCUUAAUAUGUUUAUAUGUUUGUAUCUCCUCCAUGUGCUACUUAGUAGUCACAGUCAUAUAUUACAAUGAUCAUUGAUCACAUUGUCUAAGUGGCAAUUGUUUCAUUGUGUCCUGCCUAAAAGCCACAUUGAAUGAAUUUAUAGUUAGAGGAAAACCAGCCCUUCCACUUCUAGUGUAUUUUUCUUGUCAAAACUAAGUAUCCGGGAAACAUUGAUUUCUAUAUUUACCUGGAAAAAUGCACUCACUGUAACCAUUCAGAGGUUCGUAACCUGUCCUUUCACAGAGGUGAUGACAUUGAUUAGUGACAUGUCUUCCAGUUAGGCUUGAUUUGAGAUCAAUACACCUGAUUGGAGUAUAUUCAUUCAUCCAUCUGACAUGUCAAUCAGCCUAUUGAUCUGUACUGAAAAUCAGGCUCACCACUCUGUCUGCCAAGAGACUGAGAUACAUUAAUUAGGUGUUUAGAACUUGUGAAGUGGGAGGGUCUUAUAUCAUUACAGUACCCAGUCAGCAAAAUGAUUUGUUUAUGUAAAUGUGCAAAAUAAAUUGCUGACUAUAUUGUUCAUUUACGUGCCUUCACUGUAAUCUAAAUGAGGUUGUGAUCAAAAGCUAUUGUGAAUGAAUUUAAAAUGUUGCCAUAAAAUAUCUAUGCAUAAAUGGUGUAUGUGUGAA